GAAAAGGGAUGCUAGAUGGACGCAGAUCAAACCAUGGUCCAUAUUAAGUUCAAUAAACAAGCAUGUAGUUUAUUGUUACUCCUCUCACACCAUAAGAAACCUAAAAAUCCCAAUCUCAGACAAGAGAGAUUCAAAAGGAAUCUCUCAAUCCACUGUUAUCAUCUUCUCUCCCCUCUCUUCGCUCUCUCUCCUUCCCUCUGCUCUAAGCAGGAAAUUUACAAUGUCCAUUCUCACUCACUGAAACGACGCCGUUUUAUAGGUCUAAAUUAUGUGCAGAGCCCGCUUUCUCUCUCUCUAGCUAGGGUUUUGAUGUGGAUAAGUUCAAUUCAUGACUUACUUUGGUCCCAUUUAGGGUUUCUUCUUUAAGGGUAAUAAUAUGAAUGCGAAUACGAAUACGAAUGGUUCUUGGUUUUUUGACGAAAACUUUAAUGGCGUGCCGGAUGAUUUUUUCGAUGAUGCCAUGGAGCUCCUUGAUUUUCCAUUGGAGAACGUAGAAUUGAAUGAUUUAGGCGAAGAUUGGGAAGUUAAAUUUCAACAGUUGGUGCCACCACCAUCAAAUGUUUUGGCUGGUCUUUGUGGUGAAAAUGGCAAUGACAUUUUGAAAGUAAAGAAAAGCUCUUCAGUUUUGCAUGAUGAAUCUUCUCAGCCAAAACAGUGGCCCAGCACUGCUGAAGCAUCCUCUGGCAGAGGCAUUCCCCUUAAUUAUGACUCUUCAGAGGCUAAAUAUUCACGCCUUUUCUGGACCUCCAGUCCAGUUUCUGUCCUUGAAAGCAGCAGCAGCUCUUCCUCAGCAGAAAAUGCAGUAGUCCAACAUCCCAAAUUUGUCAUCCCAGUGAAGCGCCCUCGAAGCAAGCGCCCUCGAAGCAAGCGCCCACAUCCCCAUCGGCGUACAUUCCCAUUCAUCUCAUAUGCUCCAAAACAAUAUCAUCCUUUGGGUUCUGAAUCGGAAACAGAAUCCUGUCCUGAUGAGAAAAUGUUGAACGUUGCCAAGAGAAAACAGAAGAAGAAAAGGAAUCUAAUGCUGUUGUCUUGUACUGUAGAGAUGAAGAAAUCAUCGACACAACAACCUAUUGAAAUCAGAAAAUGCACACAUUGUGAGGUAACCAAGACUCCACAAUGGAGAGAAGGGCCUAUGGGGCCAAAAACGCUUUGCAAUGCUUGUGGGGUUCGUUACAGGUCGGGCCGUCUCUUCCCAGAGUACCGUCCUGCCGCUAGUCCGACCUUUGUUCCAUCAUUGCACUCUAACUCCCACAGGAAGGUCGUCGAGAUGAGAAAGAAGACUACUCGGCCAAUGACAACUACGGCUGCAAUGGACGCAUCGCUUCCAACAGUACCAGAAUAUUCAUUUUGAUAGCUAUUUGUUUGAUUAUUAAUUAGGAAAAGUAGCUUUGUUAGCUGGGAGCUGUCCGGUUCUCUAUUUUCAGUUUUCUAUUUUCUGUUGGUUGGUUUGUUCUUUUUGUACAUUAAAGAAAUAAGAACUAGGAACCUUUAGAUGAUUAGAUGUUUGGCAGCAGCGAAAAGUUAAAGAAGGGUAGAGUAGUGAGUAUCUUGGUGAAUAUCUGAGUGAAGCAGAGAAAUGUAAUUUAGAUGUUUAGAAGUAGGGUUUAUUGAUGCUUUAUGCCCAUUAGUGACGCUAAACAUUUGAUUCUCUGCUUAUUUACAUAAGUGGAUAUCAGGUCUCAAAUUUGUAGACUCUUCUGUACUUUGUUGUAUUUGUUUUUUGUCUAGUUGGUUUUGCAGGCUGAUUCUUGAAA